AUCACGGUUGCAGUGGCUGUACAGAGGGAUGUAUUAGGUUUCAUGACUUGGAAACCGCUAUGAAUUCUUAAAAUCGGUUAAUUCUUUUUCUCUGGCGAUGUUGGAACACCGAGAGACGUUAUUAAUUGAUUAGACAAAAUUCACAUCACGAUAACACUGUAAGGAAGAGUUUUAUCCAGAUCGGGUUUAAAUAUCAUGAAAACAUAAGCAGGCACCCGAAAAAGACGAUGUAAUGAAAUUUGUGAUGGAGCAAAUUAGUUAAUAAGUUAUUAAUUAUCAAGCAUUAAAGUAUCAUUUUCGGGUAAGCCCGAUUGGAGAUAUUUAUCAACCACUGACACUAAACGUUUCACAUAACUUGUUGAUUUUUAACAUCUGUUUGUUGAAGCUUAACGACAGCGAUAAGAACUUAAGUCGUAUUUAGAGAUGGAUCAAAUUCGUGUGCAUUACUACGGUUACUUCACAGACAGACGCGCGAUAAACAUGUUCAUCUUGGGAGAUCUACACACUAUUCCGUUUUGUCGGUUGUUACGUUAACCCCAAACGUUUACUUUCGAUAAAGAAAGUUUGAUAAGAAGUGUAUAUUUGUCUAGAGUACGGGUUGUGAAAUAGGUACGAUAUACUAUAAUAGAUUACGUAAUUGCACGGGAAAUAUACAUUAAUGAUACUCUUUGUCACCAGUACGCGGAACUACUUACAAACGGAAGUUAUGUGGGUGAAUGAAUGAUACUCAUUGGUCGUGAUGGUGUUGCGCUGGAUUAUAAAACGUGAAAAUGAAAGCAAACUUUCACACAAACUGCCAGAUAGUCAGGAAUGGUCUCAACAAAGCUUAACUUUCCUACGAAAACUUUUGGAAGAGAAAUGGGCAUUUCCUUGUUGCGAUUUAUAAAGGAAGCUGUGUAAUAGUUACGGUUUAAUUUUUUUUUUUUAAACUAAAUCAGAAAGAAGAUAAUCAAUAGUUUAACCUUAAACUGGAAAACAUGGAACAAGUGAUUGAGGAACUGGCGAUAACCAAUACGGCGGACACCAAACAACUAAAGGAGGCCCUCGACCCUCCAUCUGUGGCGGACUUAUACGAUGAGAAGACAGGUUGGUACACAACAGCGGUAGGAUCCUACAGAGCAUGGUCGAUCGAUGUGAACCUGAGACCGCCUAGUCCUUCAAUCCCCAUUCCUCUAGAGGAUAGUCAUAUAGUAAACUACUACGAUGCGUUUCAGUAUUCUCUGUAUGAGAAUAAUUUCCCGGAAACGGUCGACAGGACAGACUUCCCACGGACAGAAUUCACCAGCAAUGACGUUACCAUCGCCUUACUUUCAUCACCAGUAGAGUGUUUUGCAAUUUUACUGGCUGGCGGGAAGAUAUGCCCUCGCAAUAUGUUGCUUGUGAUGUCAUCAUCCUGGGUAACGAAAUCAGAUCCGUACGGAAUCCGGAACUGUUAUUCACUUUACGUCCACAAAGCGAUAACCAUGGAUCUUGCUGGACAGUCGUUCCUGGAUACUUUUGAUCCGCCUCGUCGGGUAACGUACCUCAUGAAUUACUUCACGCGCGCUUGUACUGACGGUCAAAGGUCAGAUGGUGAGACGCUAGAGUCCGAUCUGGAUUGUCCAAUGUCCAGCUCUCUGAAUUUAGUGAGAAACGUAGACGAUAAACUCUGGACCCGCACACUACUGGCAAACAUCAAUGCCGACUUCCCAGAAACGUUAGCCUUCACCUACAAAUGUCACCUCAACUAUGACGUGCCAACUGGAGUAGAUAUUGCUGUUAUCAAAUUGGACACAAAGAUUGGAAUGGACAACCUGAUACAGGAAGAGGUUGAGAGAUUUCUGAAUUCGGAAAAUGUCUUAUUGAGACACAAGAUUGUAGUGAAACCUUCAGGAGUUAUCUGGCACGGAAGUCUUGGUGUGACGUAUCAUGCUCGGAAUAACGUCAUUGGGAUUGCUGAGGCUGUCAUUUACCUACUGAAGGACAUUGAACCAGAAAACAGCAUUCUCGUCGAAACGUUUUACGCACUACCGACCAAGAAUUACAAACAUUUUGCUGAUCUGUCGUUCCGUUUGAGGUCAACGGUUUGCAGAGGGUUCGGUGACAUUCCAAUGACAACUACUCUUCUCUGUGGUGUAGCGCAAAGGGACAACCCGAUCAAUGGGGAUAAUACGGUCCCUCAAACGUUUGACACGACGUUGCGCACAUGUGGAGUUACCGCGAAGGAAAGAAAGCGUCUGAAAGAUAGAACUUCAAAAAUAUCAGAUGAACUGCUUGGAGAAAUAUUGAAACAAGAAAAAGACAUGACGUCAGAAGAAAGAGGGGGUGUUGGAGGUCAAACUGAUGUUAUAGGUCUCGAUUUUGUUCUCGGUGAGAAGGGCGGUAUUUUGACUCCGAUAGCCAUAGAGGUUAACAGUCACGACUGCACCAUCAACUGCCAGCUGUUCGAGUCCAUGAACCCCGAGAUACAGGGGAAAUCAGUUGGCCCUCUGGUGGAUACUAUGGUACAACGAUCACAGCGCCACAUAAUGCAAGGGAAAACAAUUCUAGUCAUUGGAGCGGGUGGAUUUAGUAAACGAUUUAUCUGGAAAGCUGCACGUGAAUACGGAAUCAAGAUUUUUCUGGUGAACGACGUUGCAGAUUCGUUCGCGUCGGAGCAGGUUGGGAAAUUCUUUCAAUAUGAUUUUUCCAACCACGUGCAGGAUAACGAACACGCUAAUAACAUUAUUCAACUACUAUCGACCGAUAUUGACAUCGUCGAUGGCUGCUGUACAUUCUGGGAAGACUGUGGGCCUCUUGCGGCCCACAUAUGCGACAAAAUGAAAUACACUGGCGUCGGCUUACAAGGAGCGCUGAUUGCCAAAAAGAAGAGUUCUACUCAGCAGCUUUUAAGUGAAAGAACAGCUGAUAUCCCACACUUCCCUCGAACAUACUUGUACAUCGGCAGGUCAGCUGCUAUACGAAAAUCCGAAGAAAUUUCCCCGGCCUCACGUCAUGUCAAAUUCCCUUCUAUGUUGAAACUGGAAUAUGGUUCCAGUGCUGUUGGGGUCAAGCUUGUCCAUAGUGAAGAGGAGUGCCGCGAUGAGUACGAUCGAAUCCGAAGCUUUCUUCGACAAGAAUCGGAUCAUCCCGGAAUCGGCCUGGGACACGGGAAUGAUAUGAUGCUGAUGGAGUACUAUGACGGAACAGAACAUGACAUCGACAUUGUCAUCUAUCAAAGACGACUCAUUGCUGCGUUCAUUUCGGAUAAUGGCCCAACGAGAUCGGGAAACUUCACGGAAACAGCAGCCUGUAUGCCGACGUGCCUCCCACCGGACAAAGCUGGACAGCUGAGGACGGCAGCGUACCAAUGCUGUACAGAGGUCGGACUCAUCAAUGGCGUUUUUAACGUCGAGAUGAUAAUGACACCGACAGGACCAAAACUGCUGGAGAUAAAUGCGCGGAUGGGCGGAUUCUAUCUCCGAGAUUGGAUAAAGACUUGUUACAAUGUUGAUUUACUUCUCUGCUCUUUCAUGAUCGCUACUGGCGUGAAGCCGAUUCUACCGCGAAUCAUCACUCCACGCUGUCAUAUGAUGGGAGUAAUGUGUGUCCCCUCGGCCCACAAAGAAACACUGUCGCGAGUCAAUGUCAAGAACAAAAUUUUAAGUCUGCACGAAUCUAACAAGAUUCGCUACAAUGAGCUGGACGCUGAUGAAGGCUUAGAUGCAGACAUCAAUGAGGAAGUGGAAGAACCUUUCUCUAAUUUCGCUGUGAUUGCGGAUGAUAUGUUGACAGCGAAAAUUGAGCUCCUCCGAUUGUGCUCAGAACUUGAAAUCAGCAAUUCUUCCUACGACGUCCCGACAUACGUUUCCAAAUUUAAUCCUCAUACUUGUGAAUAGACUAGUUAUGGUAUAAAGACAAUAGAACAAAACAAAAAUUCAUAAAACACUUGUGUCUAUUGUAAUGAGAAGAACACACACAAUUUGUUUGUGCAACAUUGAAUAGAGAUUACAUUGGUGAUAUCGACUCGGUUGUGGGGUGGGAUGUUGAUGGAAGGUUUUUUUGUUGCGGUGAAAAGGGGGGGGGGGGGGGGGGGGGGGCAGCUUCAUUUGCAUAAUAGUUGAGUUUACAAAUCAAGUUUGUAUAUGUAGUUGAAUUACAUGUACGUGUAUAUAUAUUUGUGAAACCUCAAAAAUAAAAAAAAACAAACCUAGAGAGAAUCAAUUUCUCAAGUUUGGACUUUUAACCAUAACUCCAAACUUAGAAAAAGAAAGGAAAAUGUGAAUAAAAAUGUAACGAAAACUAUACCAGAAUAUUAAGUUAUAAACGGUCUUGAACGGUUAACCAUUUCUGCAAGGAAAGAAUCAAUUUUGCUUUCCUUCGCACUUUACAGGUACCCCUUAAAUGGAAGUAUGUAAUAUGUGUAUACAAAUAUUUAUCAAUAGGAGUUAGCAGGACAGGGGAGCUCCGGGAUCAGCAAUACAAUUUAUUAAUGAGCAUUGAUCAUGUAAACCAUCAUAUUGAACAAGGAUAUAUUAUUAAGACCUAACCCAGGGAUUUUAUUUAAAGUGUCGGAUGCUUCGGUCAUACAUGUAUUACAGUAAUAUCAUUAUAUGUACAUCAAAUUGGUUAAUUCCAAAACUAACAUCGGUUAACCAUUUAAAGAUAUGAGAAAAAUUAAUUGUCAUACAUCUCUCGCACAUGUACACAAGUUUGACUUUUUUAUAUUUAGAAUAGAUGAUAUGCAAAUGUUGUAUGCAAUACGUCAAUGUCCUUUUCAAAAUGGAAAUGUGGUGAACUAAUUGUUUUAAUACAUGUUUUGAAAAAUGGUGCAUUAUGCGACGGCAUUGACAUGUGUGUUGCGACAUAUGUGACAAUAAAUUAGAAUGUAGAUAGUGUCAGUGAUUGACUUCAAAGAGGAUAAAACAUUCUUGUAUAGCUCAUGUGUCAGUGUGUUUUCAUAUAGUAACGACUAAAUGAUAAUGCUUUGAGUGUUGUCAGUACAUAAUUUGUAGUAAAAGUUUUAGAAAAAAAAGUGUAUAAUUUGUAUUAAAAUAAAAAUAGAAAAAAAAGUUGUUCAA